GCAAUCUCCGACUACUCCUGAGAGAGGCACAUGGAGACUGAUGGAGUGCGUCGUCCGUUGCCUACCUACAGUAGUGCACAACUUCGUGCUGCCUAGGAUUGAGAGCGAUGGCGUGGCGGUGAGUGGUAGCUCCGCUGUUAUCAACACGUGUUUUUUUGUCAUGAUUUUUGGCGGCGUUGUGCGGUGAUUAGGCGGGAGAGUGAGGCCAAAUCCAUGCGAUGGAAAGCCUGGAAUAUAAAGUCACAAGUACAACAGCCUGUUCACGUAAUUCCUUUAGCGCAGGCUCGUCGUCGGUCUCUACUCCAGCUUUGGUGUGUUUAGUCUCUGCAGUGGGAUGAGGCCAUGCGGCCGAGUUGCCGGUUGGCCGAUGAGGCCGAACGGUACCCUGUCCAGUGCUAUGGAGAUGGUGAGAGUCAAGGAGGUGCGUCGACGCGUCGAGAUAAAAUGAUUAUCCUGAACAGAACGCCGUGACCAUACAAACGUGAUGUGCACGGCCGCGUGCGAUGCUUGAGCAUUGUUCGGAGACCCCCGUCGCCAUCUCCAGUCCGUUGUCGAAGGGUGGGAGAAAGACCUCAGCGGAUCUAAUCCAGAGGAAGGCCCUGCGUAGUGGUUAUGACCUAUACGUUUUCGCUACAGCUCCGUCGGCCAUCGGCCAGACUUACGAUCAGGUGAUACCGUGCCAAUCACCAAUCACAGGGUUUGCCACGUGUCUCCCCUCGUCGCACAAAGGCACACACACACACACACACACACACACAGAGAGAGAGAGAGAGAGAGAGAGAGAGAGAGAGAGAGAGAGAGAGAAUGGAGUUGUAUAUUCAAUAAGAUUAUGUGCAUUGAGAAAUAGAGAGUCGGUGAAACGGACGAAACAGUUUGUGACAGCCCCGUGUUUCUUGUCCACUUCUCCCUUCUGCGUACGGGUCACCAGGCAGUUGUGACUCUGUCACAACAUACAGAAAUAAAGAGAUUAUAUAUGUCUUAUGUAAACAGUAUAUAUAUAUGCAUGUAGAGUAUAUAUGUAUAUAUAUAUCCAGUGUGAUAUAUAUAAAUAUAUGUAGCGUAGACCAAGGCACGAAGGUGAGCGUGGAUCUCGCUGGUAAUGGACUAUAUGCGCAACUGCAACACCGACAACGAGUCUGCCGCACUUUGUGGACACGAUCGACCAGAGCUAAACAGGUGGCGGGCGUGUGGAGUAGGAUGGGAUACAGGGAAGCUAAUAUUUCCGGGAAUGGAUAGGUUGAGUUUCCGAAAGAGAAUAAGUGGUCCGCAGCAGCAGGCAGCAAGCCACGACGAAGAGAAAGGAGCAUCCGUCGAUUCCGACUCGGCGGGCGACAAUCGAGUGUUGGAAGACAGCAGCGAAAAGGGUGUGAAGAGCAUCAGCAUGGUGGCCCGGCAGAACAGUAGUGCCAACAAUGGCCUGCCUUUAACAUCAGGUAUGUCUCCGGCCACGACUCCCCCGUCUGCCACAGUGUCAUCAUUACCCUCUUGUUCUGACAGCGUACCUUGUGUAUCCCUGUCCCGAUCCCGAGUGCAUUCCUCGCCGGCAUCGCAAGACGAGGAGAGUAGUCCCUUAUGCCACCAGGGGGAGGACAGCUGUCCGCUCUCCCCCUCCCGCUCCCCCGUUCGCGAGGCCGGGGGCAAAUCGCCCCGCCCGCGCCACGCGCGCAGUUACUCCGGCGGUAUAGCGUGCUGCCGCGGAGAGUCUGUCGGCGGCGACGAGGAGGAGGGAGGAGUAAGAGCCGCGGACGGAAGCUCGGAGGGAAACUCUGAUUUCCGUUGUCGUCAACGCGAUUGCCCGAUUGCGGAGGGGGAGGUCUGGGAAGCGGUCUUACCCGUCGAUUACGAGGAGAUCUGCCGCGCCGUGUAUCCUGAGCCAUUGUCAUGUGAGGAUAAAAGGAAGGUAUAUAGCCUACUCGCAGACGGGGUUCUCCUGCAUGGGGGGUUUUAUAGCUACCGCUUAAUGAAGAGACAGGGCUCGGCGAGAGCCUCCGCGUCUGUGGCUAUGUCUUCCUCCUCGAUGUCAAUCGUGUGGGGACAUGACAUUCGUCAUUGGGAGGAGGUGAGGUGUCCGGCGUCGAUGUUUGGAAGAGUCAUGGUACUUCACCGAGUGCAUUGGUUCGACGUAUCUGGUCGCAUUUCUUGGCAUUUUCCUCCGGGUGUGUAUACGUGUGCCUGGAGGCUGUCAAGAAUGGUGGCGCCGAAGUUUAUAGAGAACGUGGCUACGUUCUGGGGAUCGCAGCCUGCAGAGAGCUUUGUCAGAACGUCAGACGGACAGACCGUUAGGUUAUGGUUGCCAUUAUCACAUGAGACGGUGGUAGCGCAGCCAGAGUGGAUGGAAUGGCAAGCAGGGGAGAUCGUAGUCCCCGAGGUCGAGGGAUCGAAACUGACGAAGAUGGAAAUCGAUUUCGCGCUGAGGGAAACCAACUUCGACUCCGUGAAGAUGGGUCUCUGCGUCGACUGCUUCAUGGUGUAUGAGUCAGAUCCAGAGAAUCUCAGCAUGGACGGACGGUAUCGCCCGUCGGGGAGGAGGGUACGUGACGGCGCAUGUGCUGUUUUUCCGGAAGAAGAACGACCUGACCCUGGAAAGGUGAUGUGGAAACUGGCUGGCGAAAGGUUCUUCGCUGCCCUACGAUACGUCGCCGAUCCUCUCAACUCCACCGGUCUCGCGGAGUCCUGAUUAUCGGCAGCCGAUGCGAUCGACCAGUCGAGCGUGUGCGUGCGUGCGUGCGUGCGUGCGUGUGUGCGUGCACACGCACACACAGACACGAAGAGAGAGAGAGAGAGAGAGAGAGAGAGAGAGAGAGAGAGAGAGAGAGAGAGAGAGAGAGAGAGAGAGAGAGAGAGGUAAAGAGGACGGAAGAGACAGUGGUGUUGUGGCAGAGGAGGAGAACUUGGAGCGUGGGGAUAGU